UCAGGUACAUGAAGCACUACAGAAACAUUGAGGGCCCACAUAUGGUAAUAGUGCCGAAAUCCACCUUGGCCAACUGGAUGGGCGAAUUCAAAAAAUGGUGUCCAUCUUUGCGAUCGGUUUGCCUUAUUGGAGACCAAGAAUCACGAAAUGCUUUCAUCCGUGAUACCCUGCUGCCAGGCGAAUGGGACGUUUGUGUGACAUCUUACGAAAUGAUAAUCAGGGAGAAAAGUGUGUUCAAAAAGUUCAACUGGCGUUACAUGGUCAUUGACGAAGCUCACCGAAUCAAAAACGAAAAGUCCAAGUUGUCCGAAAUUGUGCGAGAAUUCAAAACGACGAAUCGUUUACUACUGACUGGUACACCGUUGCAGAACAACCUUCACGAACUGUGGUCUCUGCUCAAUUUCCUGCUUCCUGAUGUUUUCAACUCAUCAGAUGAUUUCGAUUCAUGGUUCAACACAAAUAGUUUCAUGGGAGAUAAACAACUAAUUGAAAGAUUGCAUGCGGUUUUGAGACCUUUCUUGCUGCGCCGUCUGAAAAGUGAAGUGGAAAAAGCUUUAAAGCCAAAGAAAGAGCUGAAGGUGUAUGUCGGUCUCAGCAAAAUGCAGAGAGAAUGGUACACAAAAGUACUGAUGAAAGAUAUUGAUGUGGUUAACGGUGCUGGGAAAAUCGAAAAGAUGCGACUUCAAAACAUUCUAAUGCAGCUACGAAAAUGCAGCAACCACCCUUACCUGUUUGACGGAGCAGAGCCCGGACCACCCUACACUACUGACGAGCAUCUGGUAUACAAUUGCGGAAAAAUGGUUAUUUUGGAUAAGCUGCUUCCCAAACUGAAAGAGCAGGACUCUCGAGUCCUGAUUUUCAGUCAGAUGACACGUAUGUUAGAUAUACUAGAAGAUUACUGUUUCUGGAGAGGAUACAGUUAUUGCAGACUGGACGGACAAACACCACACGAAGACAGACAGCGACAGAUCAACGAGUACAACGAGCCGAACAGCAAGAAGUUCAUCUUCAUGUUGUCGACGAGAGCGGGAGGUCUGGGAAUCAACCUGGCGACGGCCGACGUCGUCAUCCUCUACGACUCUGACUGGAAUCCGCAGAUGGACCUCCAGGCCAUGGACAGAGCGCACAGAAUCGGACAGCAGAAGCAAGUCAGGGUGUUCCGAUUGAUCACUGAAAACACCGUCGAGGAGAAGAUUGUCGAGAAAGCCGAGGUGAAGUUGAGGUUGGACAAGCUUGUCAUACAGCAGGGGAGGCUAGUGGAUAACAAGAGCGCUCUCAACAAAGACGAGAUGUUGCAGAUGAUCAGACACGGAGCCAACCACGUGUUCGCGUCCAAGGACUCUGAAAUCACCGACGAAGACAUUGACACGAUUCUGCGCAAAGGGGAGGCGAAAUCUGAGGAGAUAAAACAGAAACUGGAAUCCAUGGGUGACGAGUCAUCUCUGCGAAACUUCACGAUGGAUGCCCCGACUGAAUCAGUGUACCAGUUCGAAGGCGAGGACUACAGAGAGAAACAGAAGAUGAUGGGUCUCGGCAACUGGAUCGAGCCACCGAAGCGAGAGCGCAAGGCCAACUAUGCAGUCGACGCAUACUUCCGUGAAGCUUUGAGGGUGUCCGAGCCCAAGGCCCCCAAGGCACCGCGCCCCCCCAAGCAGCCCAUCGUCCAAGACUUCCAGUUCUUCCCCCCCAGGCUGUUCGAGCUGCUCGACCAGGAGAUCUAUUACUUCCGCAAAACGGUCGGUUACAAAGUGCCCAAGAAUCCUGAACUCGGCUCCGAUGCAAACCGCUUUCAAAAAGAGGAACAGAAGAAGAUUGACGAUGCACAGCCCUUGUCUGACGAGGAGUUGGGCGAGAAGGAGAAACUUCUCACGCAGGGAUUCACCAACUGGACUAAGCGAGACUUCAACCAGUUCAUCAAGGCUAACGAAAAGUAUGGAAGGGAGGACAUCGAGAACAUUGCCAAGGAUGUUGAAGGAAAGUCUCCAGACGAAGUUGUCGAGUACAGUUCAGUAUUUUGGGAAAGAUGUCAUGAGCUUCAAGAUAUUGACCGGAUAAUGGCACAGAUUGAGAGAGGAGAGGCCAAAAUUCAACGAAGGGCCAGCAUCAAGAAAGCUCUAGACACAAAGAUGGCCAGAUACCGUGCACCAUUCCAUCAGCUGAGAAUACUCUAUGGAACCAACAAAGGAAAAAAUUACAUCGAGGAAGAAGAUAGAUUCCUUGUUUGUAUGCUGCAUAAACUUGGAUUUGACAAAGAGAAUGUAUAUGAGGAGCUCAGAGCUGCUGUCAGGUGCGCUCCGCAAUUUCGAUUCGAUUGGUUCAUCAAAUCCAGAACGGCUGUAGAACUUCAGAGACGAUGCAACACCUUGAUCACAUUGAUCGAACGAGAAAAUCAAGAUUUGGAAGAGAAAGAGCGAGCCGAAAAGAAGAAGAGAGGACCUCGCGGUGCGGCUGCUAAAAGAAAAAGUGAAAAUGUCGGCAGCAACACCCCUGAACAAAAAACGCCAAACAAGAAAAAGAAGAAAUAGAGAGACAAGUACUGUUUGAAUGGAUGUUUUUACUGUUGUAUUUUGAAAACUGUGAAAAUUGCACUUUUUUAUUGUGAAGCCCUUUUGUUCUUAUUGAAAGCGUAUUUUAUUUUAUAUAAAGCGUAAUUUAUCUUAUGCAUAAUAAUUAUGAAUCUUGUAAAAAUGUGACUUUUCUUACUUAAAUGUUGUAUUUUCCAAUUGUUUAGUUUUGUUAGAAUCAUAUUGUUAGAAGCACAUUAUUUGCAACUACAAUUUUCAUUUCACGUGAACUAAAGUAUUGAACAUGAAAAUAUGACCAUGCGUGAAAGCAAAAUCUGAUUUUGUUUUGUGAUUCAUUGAUAUUGUAAACAGAAGUGACAGUUCUUGUGAUUCGAUGUACGAGCAAAUGCAGUACCUCAUUCUGUCAACUUUUAUUUGCUGAUCUACAAUAUUUGAAAAAAGAAUAAAAAUUUCAUGGACUGUUUUAUCAUCUAGAUUAACCCUCAAUUAUUCAGGAAUGAAUAUUUUAUUAGAAUUUCAACAGUUGGCCAAGAAAGAGUUUUACUGUAUUUGUACUAACAAGAGGAAAUAAUAAAAUACUGUUGCUUUGA